AGUAUUUGUUUUUAUUUAUUGACAGAACAUUUUGUGUACAUUACUAUAUUCCUGCUGUAGUAGAAAACAUUAUUUAAUUAAUUAAAUUAGUUGGAUGAAGUACAGGCCACCGGGAGACCUUUCAUUUAUAAAUUGUCCCGUUUUUGUGCAACUUAAUUUUUUUCACUCGUUUAAAUUUGGAAGCGACAUCGCUUUUAUUCUGAAGGAGUCGAAUCGGAUGUUGUUUGCGUGACGUUUACCGGAACAGUCUAGACGUGGAACUGUUCUCCUCGCUACACCUCUGUAUUCGAGUUAGGACGUAAAGGUGUUUAUGUUAAAUCUGUAACCACCGAUAAAUGGAUGUUCACCGGUUCUCUCAAUAUUGAACUUUCCCCGGUUACCGCAACGGACAGACGGGACACCGGGACGGAUAAAGACCGACGAAGACUACGGAGGAAGAUGGCGGUGCAGCGAGUGGCGGUGAUCGGUGCUGGUGCGGCGGGUCUCUGUGCAGCGAGACACAUCCUGUCCAGACUGAACCGCUUUGCCCCCCCGGUGGUGUUUGAGCUCAGCGACAACGUGGGCGGAACCUGGUGCUACGACGAGCGGGUCGGGACACGCAGCAGCAUCUACAGAGACCUCAGGACCAACCUUCCUAAGGAGGUGAUGAUGUUCCCUGACUUCCCCUUUGACCCCCAGCUGGACAGCUUCCUGCCCCAUCAGGAGGUCCAGAGGUACCUGGAGAGGUACUGUAGGAGCCCCGACCUCCGACCUCACAUCAGGUUCAACACAUUGGUGGAAAAAGUGAGGCCUGUUGUCAUGACGACAGAGGAAGAGGAGGAGAGGAUGACAUCAUGGGAAGUGACAUCAUCUGAUCCUUCAGGUUGUCAGACAACAGAAACCUUUGACUCGGUCUUCAUCUGUUCAGGGCACUACUCUGACCCUCACAUCCCUCACAUCCCAGGAAUAGACCGCUUUAAAGGACAGGUGCUCCACAGUCACUCGUACAGGUGUGCAGAGCCGUUCUCAGGUCAGUCGGUGGUGGUUCUGGGAGCCAAAGCUUCAGGACUGGACAUCUCCAUAGAACUGGCCGGGGUCGGUGCUCAGGUGACUCUGAGUCACGGCCAACCUCGUCUCACCUUUCCUCUACCUGCCGGGGUUCAACAGUCCAGUCCGGUGGUGGCGGUCGAGGAGGACGGCAGACUUCGCUUCCAGGACGGCUCUGAAGCUGCCGCUGAUGUCCUGAUGUUCUGCACCGGCUACAACUUCAGGUUUCCGUACCUGGACGGUCCUGAGCUGGGUCUGCAGAUCCAGGACCACCUGAUUUCCCCCCUGUACCGCCUCCUGAUGCCCCCGGCCUUCCCCUCGCUCUUCUUCAUCGGCUUGUGCAAGCAAAUCUGCCCCUUCCCCAACUUCCACUGCCAGGUCCUGUUCUCUCUGGCCGUGUUGGACGGCUCCGUGUCUCUACCGUCUCGGGUCCGGAGGGAGGACGAGGCCCGGCGAGCUCUGCUGGAGAAGGCGGAGCGCGGAGUCCAGCAGCGCCACCUGCUGGUGAUGCAGCAGGAGGAGCAGUGGGAGUACUGCCAGACGCUGGCUCGGGUCGCCGGCUUCCCGCCGCUGCCGCCCGUCAUACGCAGCCUGUACGAGGAGGUGUGGCGACAGCGGAGAGUUCACCCACAAAACUACCGGAGACGCAACUACCGGCUGAUCGGGGACGACCGAUGGGAGCAGAUCAAUUGAUCGAUGAAAAGGUUCAACAGCAGGUGUAGAGAUCAUGGACACAACAGUGUUAUAGACUUUAUAAAUAUCAGUUUCAUACAAAUAAAUGAACACGUUUAAAAAUAAGUCUUAUGAGUUUUAUGACAUGUUGAUUCACUUCCAUCCUCGAGGCUAAGCCCCGCCCCUUCUGUUUGACUGCCAUGGGACUUUAUUUCAUACAGAAUAUGAACAGUAGUCAAAGACAGAUAGUUAUUUAAUCCAGUUUGAAUAUUCACAUGAAUUACUCGUACGAUGUUUAUCAAUUUAACAGAUAUUUUGCCCGUUAAGAAACACCAACAUGGCUGUUAGCUUGACUUGCUAGCUAGCUAACUUAGCUUAGAUGUUAAACAUACCUGCUAAGCAUUAGCAUGUUAGCAUUGUCAUUCUGAGCUCAUUAGCAUGCUGAUGUUAGCAUUUAGCUACAGCCU